AUGACAAAAAAACUUGAGGAAUUCUAUCUAAUGAAUGUGGUGUUGUACAUGAACACAUUUAAUUCACUCUCAACUUUUUCAUGUAUAAACACCAAAUGUCAGUCAGUCCUUAAUCGAAUGCAAACAAAUCCGUUACUUUCCGACAAAUUUUCAUACGACGCAAUUAAAAGUCCACAACGUAACAUAAUGGACUACUUAUCACGAAUAAUGAAACUAUUUCCAAAUAUUCAAACACUGUAUCUCCCAUCUUAUAAAUGUAUAAUUCCACAGCUUUCCAAAUUCAACAUUUCCUUCAUCAAAGUGAAGUCGUUUUAUGAUGAAAAAGAUGUAAUACCAAAUGAAGGGUAUGAAGGGACUUAUAUCACAAGACACGUGUGUUUUGUUUCAUUUGAGAAUUUUGGAACAACUUCGUAUUUUCAAAGAAUUCAAUCGGAAACACUUAACAAGCUGAAAACACUCACUAUUUACUCAAAAGAAACAGCAGACGAUUUUUUGAGAAACGCAAAAUAUUUCACGUCUUGUACUGAGAUAACAAUAACAGACGAUGUGUCAUUAACUAGAGACGUAUAUGGCAACAAAAUCAAAAAAGAAAUAACAAAGGAAACACAAACAAAUAUUAAACAAAUGUGGGACGUUUUGGUGAACAAUCGGAGUGUGUUGUGGAGUUUUCGUAUUUUACGAAAAGUCCGAAUUAUUUUAAGAGAUGAAACUCACAUUCAGAAAAUAAGCGAAUUUACAAAGGGAGCUCCAAAUCUUAAUUUUUGUUUUUAUAUUAAACACAUAAGUUCAAUAACUAACAAAGUAACAGAAGACGUUGUUAAACAACUUAAAAAGUGUGGAAAUGUCAUAUUUCGAACAAUAGAUGUUUUUCAAGAGUACAUUGAAUCAAAUAAUAUGUUACAACUGCCUGUCACAUUUGUGAACAUAUCAAAAACAAUUGAAAUAUCUGAGAAUUUGAUCUCCAAUCUUAUUGUGUUCAUUCAAAUGUAUGCGUUUGAGUUCGAUGAAGUUCGUCUGAGUAUAAAAGAGCAUGAAGAAGUCGAUAUGUCACAAAUUGACUGCAAAAAGCUUGUUUUAGUCAAUGAUACAAAAGGGAGAGUAACACUGAAAAUAUCACCAAAAACAUGUGUUGUUGUAUGUGAUGAAAAUGACCAAUACGCGCUUUGUUGCUCAAAAGAUGUCACAAUUACUCUUCAACAACACUUUGAGCCACAAUUUCUGGAUAAAGUGACCGAUCCGGAUUUUUUUGCAUAUUCAGAUAGCCAAGAUGACGACUCUGAAGACUCUGAAAAUGGUAAUAUGGAAUAUGCGGACCACAAAGUACUUGAACAUUUACAGUUUGUAAAGAAUGUGUUUAUUCAAAUGGAAGUCUUGGAAUUCAUAGAGAGUCCCAUUGACGCUUCACGUUGUUUUAAAGUUACUCAAAGACCUUCAAAUGUACCACAAACAAUUGACUAUCAAAAUUUCUCGAUGUUAAAAUAUAGCAGACAAAAGGAUAACCAAUACAUCCCAAGUAGAAAUUUGCAGCUAUUGGUUAAUUGCUCAAUUAAUUUGAUUUCGCUGGAACUGGAAAAUAUUUAUGGCGAUAGUGUCACUACCAAACAAAAUGUCGAUUUAAGCAAAUUUCAAUUACAAGAACUUCAUUUGACAAGAUGCAGAAAGUGCAUAUUUCAUCUACCAAGUACAUUGACAAAACUUUCAUUAUAUGAUGUGUGUAAUUCGUGUUACAGUAGUAAGGAGACUAUCUACCUCAAGUCGUUUUCAAUGAAUUUUGUGGAGGAUUAUCAUUUAGACUCAAAAUACCUUUAUAACAAUCAGAACAUAGUGAUUGACUACCCAAUUCAAUUAGACGAAUGUGAGGCAUACCCUGACGAAAAUAUUUACAACAAUACAACUAACAAUUAUUUUGUUUACAAAGAAAUUCGUGUUGCAUCAACACCAAUGGGAUGGUACACAUUCAAAGAGACAAAGACUUGGAACAAACAGUGGAAAGACUGUAUGAGUGCUGAUGACAAUACAAAAAAGGAACAAUUAAAGAAAAUGAUGAAAGAAACUAUUUGUGUACUUGAAGACAGAGCUUUUCAAGGAAAUAUUAGUUUUCAUUUAGGAGCAAUGGGUGGCAUUAAGGAAAUAGGCAAUUUUUGCUUUAAGAAUCACAGCGAUCAAUAUUUGACUACGUUGAAUCUGCCUUAUGGCCUGACUAAAAUCGGCUACGGCGCUUUUGAAAAUAUCACAACACUCACUUCUGUACAUCUCAAUGAUAUCACAAAACUUCCAUAUAAGUGUUUUGCAGGAGAUAUCAAUUUAAUUGAAAUCACAUCGCCACUUGAGUCUGUUGAAGUCGAAGACUACGCUCUUUGGAAGUGCUGUAGUCUUGUAAGACACCCCAAGUUUGUUCCGGCUAAAGGCGCCAAAUUGUUGGACAAUUUCAUUGUUAAAUCGUGCAAUUUAAAACAUCUUGAAUUGCCUGAAAGUGUCGAUGAAAUCAAAAAUUGGUGUUAUAAAAAUUAUACAAUGCUGGAGUCUGUUAAAAUCAUCAACGAAAGUUGUUUGAUUGGAAAACAGUGUUUCAUGGGAUGCAGUAACAUCCGAAGUAUUCAAAUUGAAGAAAGUGUGUUGUUCGACAAACACCUCGUCUUUGCAAAUUUAUCAUCACUCACUUCUUUACAUCUUCCAACAACACUAACUAAAAUCAGAAAAUUUAUGUUCAAAAAUUGUCGAAAACUUGAAGAUGUUGUUAUGAAAGAAGGAAUACACAAAAUCUGUGAUUCGGCGUUUCAAAAUUGUGCAACAUUGAAGAUAAUUGAUAUUCCAAAAAGUGUCACAAAAGUAGGACUCUCGAGUUUCAAGGGGUGUGUUUCUUUACAUAAAAUUAGGUGUUUACAGUCGCUUCAUUUUUCAGCAUCAAGUUUGUGUGGUGUUGAUGCAACAUUUAAUUAUUAUUAA